UGUCCAGUUUCACUGGUUGACUUUUACCUGUGAGGUGUACCAGUUUCGGUUCCCGGUGAGGAGAUGCAUUCAUUACGGUAAGGAAGUCUGGACAUGUUUUCUGGUGGGCAGUGAUCUGUCCUCAGACCCCGGUCAGGAAGAUUAGCGGAGCCCAUUGUGAGCGCGAGAUCUGCCCAGGAUUUCAGAAUCGGUGCAACAGCCGGGCAGCGGCAGGUGCACCGGAGGGGCUGGCUCUAGGAGUGAGAGCCACCGAUUGAAUUAGAAAAUCAACUGGUAGAUUUUUUUUGAAAUGACAAAUGUCUGAUAGUUUAUUAUGCGACUGAAGAUUCUCUGCUGCCGUCAUCCAAGCUCCAAGGAUUCAACGGCAGCCCGAAAUUCCUUUCCCCUGCGUGAGUGACUCCUCGCCCCGGGGUUGAUUGCAGCGGGACCCGGUAACUCACACACUGUCCUGCUGGUUUCUGGCGUAAGUCUUCCCUUACUCGUCACGGAGCUCGCGCUGUGGAGAAAGAGCAGGAAGAUGAUGGGAUUUCUGCGUCGGACAUUCAGCCGACGCUCUCGUAGACGGUUUCCGACGGCUGACCGGGAUGAACGGGACGGUAAAGGGGGAGGAGGGCGAGGGAUGUCCGGGAACCCCGAGCUCCGCGCGCAUCAGCAGCAGGUCGUCCACGCGCCCGCCGUGGUUUCCGGGGGAGCGGCCGUACACAUCCCAGCAGCUGGCUCCGCACGGACCCCCAUCACCUGUCGCGUCUUACUGCUGGAUGGCUCGGACGUUAACGUAGAUCUGCCGAAAAGGUCGAAAGGUCAGGAUCUGUUUGACCAGAUCAUGUAUCAUCUGGACCUGCUUGAGGCUGAUUACUUUGGACUGCAGUUCAUGGACCCAGAACAAGUCUCACACUGGCUGGAUAUGAGUAAGCCCAUCUAUAAACAAAUCAAAGAUGGCCCUCCAUACAGGUUGUUCUUCAGGGUCAAGUUUUACUCUUCAGAGCCAAACAAUCUCCACGAAGAAUUCACCAGGUACCUGUUUGUGCUUCAGCUUCGACAAGACAUUCUGUCCGGCAAGCUGAAAUGCCCUUACGAUGUGUCAGUCGAGCUCGGGGCUUAUUGCCUGCAGAGUGAGCUUGGAGACUGUGACCCUCUGGAACAUUCUACAGAGCUGGUGUCAGAGUUUCGCUUCACACCCAAACAGAGUGAAUCCAUGGAGGCAGACAUCUUUAACCAGUGGGUGGAGCUGAGGGGGAAGAGCCCCUCUCAGGCAGAGAUCAGCUUCCUCAACAAGUGUAAAUGGCUGGAGCUGUACGGAGUCGACAUGCACUUUGUCAAGGGCAGAGAUGGAGGGGAGUAUGCUCUUGGUCUGACUCCUACUGGUAUUCUAGUGUUUGAGGGCUCCACCAAGAUCGGUCUCUUCUUCUGGCCUAAGAUCACCCAGUUGGACUUCAAGAAGAGUCGACUGACUCUGGUAGUGGUGGAGGACGACGAUGAGGGGCGGGAGCAGGACCACACCUUCAUGUUCCAGUUGGCCAGCUCCAGGAGCUGUAAGCACCUGUGGAAGUGUGCCGUGGAGAGCCACGCCUUCUUCCGCCUCCGCCAGCCAACCACGGAGAAGGCCAGCCGCAGUGACUUCAGCCGCCUGGGCUCUCGCUUCAGAUUCAGUGGAAAGACCGAGUAUCAGGCCACCCAUGGAGGGAGACUCCGGAGGGCCAGCACCUUUGAGAGGCGACCCAGCAAGAGAUACCCCUCCCGCACCCACUCUCUGGGGAAGGCCAUCUCUCCAGCCAAACCAGCACACAUCAGCUCCCAGGCCAGCCCAGGGUUAGAGCCUGGCCUGCUCUUGUACCAGAGAAACAUACCUAUUGGUCACGAGCCCUGGCACGCCCCCCACCACCGCACCCUCACCCCCCCCGUCUACCUGCAGCACUCAGGACACCCCCCCCCUCACAGUUUCCCUCUCAGUUGCUCUGAGCAUCAGUUCAGUGUUGAGGAGAAUGAAACGCCGUAUUCCGGAAAGAUUCCCCACCGUCACCACGGCAACCAGGAAACGCUAUGCCCCACCCACACCAUGAGCAAGCACAGACUUCCUGGUCCUCCUGUAGAUGAGAUGGAUCGGUGUCUGCUGAAGGCCCUGGAGUCCGAUGCUGACUCCUCCCCCUGGCCUGACUCCUCCCCCUGGCCCUCAGUACACAUUAACAUAGACAACAAGGCGGAGGAGAAGCAGGUAUGGGAGAAGUCUCUGCAGCCGCCCGCCUGCAUGCUCCCUGAGCAGCUCAAGUGUAACAUCCUCAAGGCCCAGGUGGAGGCUGUGUUCAGGGAUGUCCCCCUCACCCCUCGAGGGACGACGUCCAGUCAGACGCUGAACGACAGGUAUCAGAGCUCCUCUCAGGAUUCGGCCUCAUCCAGUCAGACCGCAGACAGACCGCGCCUCCACACUGCAGACAGAACGCUCCUCCAGACUGCAGACAGACCGCCAAACUCCAACCGCAGGAAGAGACUGGUGCGCCAGUUCAGCUUUAACCAUGAGGAUGAGGAUAAUCUCCCAGAGGCCCUUGCAGCAAUCUCAUCUCAAAGAACGGCAAAGUCCGGGUCGAGCAGCUCCCUGGACAAACAGAUACAGCCACCGAUACAUCCCCAGGUGGACAUGCCAGGGUUGGAGCUGGGCAGUCCUUCCCGCCCCUCCCCCUCUCCUCCCCCUCCCCUCUCCUCCCCCUCUCCUCCCACUUCCCUCUCCUCCCCCUCUCCUCCCCCUCCCCUUUCCUCCCCCUCUCCUCCCCCUCACCAUUCCUCUGCCUUCUACAAUGACUCCAUCCCUCACCUGGUCCCUUACCUUGCUGCCCACUCUGACAGUGGGGAGGAGAUGAGGCUGGACAGAGAGAAGAUUCUCAGGGCUCUCCUGAUGACAGAGCUCUAAAACCUGACCCAUGACCUCUGUGACAUCACCCUGCGCAGCAGAACUGGACUCACUGGCUGCAAUACAUAUUUAUAUCUGCAUAAUCAUUUAGCAUUAACAAUGUAUAUUUGCAUAAAACUACUUUGCUUAAUUGGGUUAUUUGACUAAGAUCAUAAUUUGUACCAAUACUGUUGAAAUCUUUAUACAUAUUCACAAGGUUGAAUAGACAGGCAGACAGACAGGCAGGCAGGCAGACAGGCAGGCAGAGAGACAGGCAGAGAGACAGACAGAGAGGUUAUAUUAAUAUCUUGUAUGUAUAACAAUGAAUGUUGAUUUCUGCAUGAUUUACACAUUCUGUAAUACAUUAUCUCUUUCCAUUGUCAUGCACAGGUUUUAUGUCUAAAUGUCUCAUUCUAACAUUCUAGCUGUCAGCAUCUGUUUAGGCAGCUGUUAAACGUCCCAAAUGACCAUCUAGGAUAAUGAGACACAGCAAGAUAUCAUCCUGCUAACUGCUUAAGUCCUGGAUCCCUCAAUUCCCCUCCGAAUGAGUCAGCCCCCCCCCCCACCCAGCAGGUAGGGCUGCCCCCCCCCACCCAGCAGGUAGGGCUGCAGUGGGCACUGGGGUCCACUAGAUGGAGACACCUGCUCAGCCACUGCUGACACGAUGACAGGCCCUGUUCCACCUGAGGAUGUACGCUGCCCUGUGUAACCAUGCCUAACCAUCUAACCCUAACCCAUGCAGGGAGAGGAGCUGCUGUUGAAGGUGAGAAUCAGGUUAUAUUCCCUAACCCUCAUAUUCCUCACUGUGUGUCACCUCAGUCCAGUCUUCAGGGGUCAGAUCAGAGCUGCUGCGCAGGGUGUGAUCAGUCUGAUCUUGUGAUCGGUGUGAUCUUGUGAUCAGUGUGAUCAGUGUGAUCUUGUGAUCGGUCUGAUCUUGUGAUCAGUGUGAUCUUGUGAUCGGUCUGAUCUUGUUGUGACUGAAGAUACUUCAUACGAUGUUGUUCGCUGUUUUUGCCUCUUUGACCUAAAUAAACAUGAUC